ACAAAACUCCAGAAUACAACAAAUGUUUUUGCGAUAACUGCCAUAAAGCUCGUGGAGAUAAAGAAUGCUACACUCGUGGCAAUCCACCAAAGACUUAUGCUUUACCUCUUGGUUGGAGCAGAUUUGCCGUAAAGGUUGGACCACACGGUAAAGCUCUAAAUAUAUUUAAUAACUGGCAUGUUGCCUUCCAUGGAACACAGGCGAAAUAUCUUAAGCCAAUAUUCAAUAAUGGUGUACAACUGCUUAUGCCAGGAGAUGUUGCUCUCGGUGGAAGUGAGUUACGCGAGGGAGAAGGACAUUUCAACGAUAAUUGGAAACCACGUGGCUUUGACACGAAGCAAAUAUUUGUUUCUCCAAGUAUAAAGUAUGCUGGUUGUGCUGUCUAUUCUAAGAAAACAAGCUUUACAAACCCAACGACUAGAAAUACGUUACCUUUCCAAGUAGCAUUGCAAGUUUUAAUUCGACCUGGAUCAUACAAAGUUGGAAGAACAACUGUGCAACGUUCACAGCCAUUUGAUUACAAUUUCAGUGAUGAUGUAUUGGAAUGGUCGACAAGAGAAAGAGGAGCAAUAAUUGUAACGGGAUUAUUGAUCAAAACAUCAAAUGACAGUAGUGAACAGUCAUACAGUAGUGAACAGUCAUACAGUCAAUAUAAGUAAAACAUUAACUUUGUGUGGUUAACGGUAAUUCACAUUAACUUUUUAGCAACUGUCAUUUAAUAUCAAAUUGUGACAAUUUCCUGAAUUAACCAACACAACAUUGUAUCAGUUAAUAAUCAAUGUGCUUUUUGAAUAUAACAUUGUAUGUUUUUGAUAAAUUUAGUGACUAAAAUUUAGCACAAUUCCAGCAAUAUCAUAGUGACUAUAGUAUGUAGUAUUCGUAUAUAAUAAUAUACUAACCACUGUAUAAUUAGUAUUGUAAAAUAUGAAUUUGAUAUUUGUAA